GUCCGCUUGUGCUUUUUGGGUUUGGCGGUUGCUGGUUUAGUAUAAUGAACGGGCUCAGCUGCAGGCUCAGGCACCGGCUGUUUCUGCGAGGCGAAAUCAUCUACCCAUUCAUCCACGAACUUUGCAUCGUAUCCCAAGUUCUGCAUGAAAAUGCGAGCUCGUUCAAUGUCUCCUGGCGUUGUAACGUCCGGGUUUGGUGCAUCAAGGUCGUUAUACAAAUAUGUAUUAAGCAAGGCAUCCCAAUCAGACGACGAAGGGCGGCGGUUUUCCACGUUCGCAGAGCUCAUGAGAAGCUUGAGCUGUUCUUCCUGAAGCUUUCGGAUUCUUUCAUUCUCGUUCACUUCCUGCUGGAUUCGAGCGGCACGGAUCUCUUCUACAUCCAUGCGCUGAGCGUUUGUCAGUCCCAACAUAUCAUAGGCAACGUCGACAGGACUGUUUCCCCGAAAUUCAUCGAUAAUCCGCAGUUGAUGUUCCGACGUCAAGUCCUCCCAUGCAGGCGGAGGCUCGCGGGCUUGAACACCAAGAUCAGCCUGGCAAAGACGUCAGUUACUCAAUACUUGAGCUCAAGGCGAAGCCUUCGAGGCUCAUUUAUGCCGAUGGCAUGAGAACGUCAGAGCAGUUAGUAGCUGUUCAGCUUUUCGACGAAGGAAAUUGUAAUGCAUCUUGCGAGGGAGAAAUCUACAUUUUACAUACCUGGGUAUCAUUCCUGGAUUUUGUGCCUGCAGCCAGC